AUGUGUCCCCCCGUGUCACCCCGUUCUGGGGGGGCUCUGGGGGGGGCACCUGCACCCCAACACGGCACCCAGCGCUCCACAAAAGGGGCUGGGACGCCCCGACACCGCCCCACAGACCCACAAGGACCCCCCAACCCGCUCACACCCCACCCAGAGCCCCCAAAGCCCAAAUGUGGGGAGACCUUUCUGGGCACUGGGGGUGCCGGGAGCCCCCCCGGCUGCGGGGGCAACUCCUCCGUGUGCCGGCAGAGCCGCAGCGCCCAGCGCUCCCCACCUCGAGCCCACCGGCGCCCCCCCCUCGCCCCCAGCGCCCCCCGGGACGCCGAGGUGAGGCCGGAGAGCGCGGAGGACAAAUCCCGGCGGCAGAGCCUGGUGGGAGAGGCCGUUUUGAAGGGCUCCCCGGCGCAGGAAGGCAGCGGGGAGGAAAAGGGCCGGAGAUGCCCCCGCAGGAGGGGCUGCAAAGCCAGCCCAGGGGGCUGUGAGGAGGAAAGAGCCAGAGUGUGCCGGGAAGGCGGCCGGAGCUUGAGGCGGAGCUGCGAGCUGGUGGUCUCUGAGCAGCCUCCCAGCAGAGAGGAGCACUUCAGGUGCUUAGAAUGUGGGAAGAGCUUCAGGACGAGCACCAACCUCCUGAGGCACCAGCACAUCCACAGUGGGGAACGGCCCUACACGUGUGGGGAAUGUGGGAAGAGCUUCAGUGACAGCGCCCACCUGCUCCGACACCAGGUGAUCCACAGUGGGGAAAAGCCCUACACGUGUGGGAAAUGUGGGAACAGCUUCAGCCAGAAGUCCUGCCUGAUCCGCCACCAGAUCCUCCACACUGGAGAACAACCUUACACGUGUGGGGAAUGUGGGAAGAACUUCAACCGGAGAUUCAACCUCCGCACUCAUCUGGGCCUGCACUCCAGGGAACGGCCCUACAAGUGCUUGGAAUGUGGGAAGAGCUUCAGCCAGAGCUCUGACCUGAUCCACCACCAGAAGAUCCACAGUGGGGAACGGCCCUACAAGUGCCCGGAAUGUGGAAAGAGGUUUAGAACCAGCUCCCAUCUCCUCAUGCAUGAGCAGAUACACACGGGGGAGAGGCCCUUCCGCUGCAGCGACUGCGGGAAGGGCUUCAAACGCAACUCCCACCUCGUCAUCCACCGUCGCAUCCACACCGGGGAGAAGCCCUACAAGUGUGACGAGUGUGAGAGGAGCUUCACCAACAGCUCUGCCUUGACCUACCACCAACGGACCCACCAGUAAUGGAAGCCCCGAGUGCCCCGACUGCGGGAAGAGCUUCGGCCGCUGCUCCAACUCCAUCAGCCAUGGGAGGACCCGCGUUGGAUGAUCCACAGGGACCCCCGUUGGGCACAGACCUGGUGACCCACAUUCCUGGUGAUCCAUGUUGGGCAGUGUAUUGGGGCCUUGGGCAUAAUGUAUUUAAGGAGGAAAAAGUCCUUGUGCAGAUGGAAUUGGGUGCAGAGAGGAGCAGAGUGGGAAUAGGGGAGAGGAACAGCUCUGCAGACCCCCAGGGCAGUGCAGGAGGAGGGCCAGGAGGUGCUCCGGGCCUAGAGCUGAGAUUCCCCUGCAGCCCAAGGAGGAGCCCACGGCAGAGCAGGGGAUGCCCACAAAGAAGGAUGUGAGCCCGUGGGAAGCCCGUGCUGGAGCAGAGUCCCUGCAGCUGCUGC